CUGAUGUCCUCAAGUCUGCAAGAACAUCCCACGGAGAGCCCAGAGGAGAAGAUGUCUGCGGAGGAGACGGAUAAAUCCACCGCCGCUGAUGCGAGUGCAGGAGACGAGGAGGAGGAAUGGCUGUACGGGGGUGAAGGUGAAAGUAAAGAAACUGAAGAAGAAGAGGCCAAACUGACAGCAGCCAUCAGUGCGACCUCUGCUCCUCCUGAUACCGAGGAGGACACCGCGACCACCAACAACAACAACACCACCACCACCACCACCACUACUGGAAAUGGUGUGGCCAGUCAGGAGGAAGCACCUGGAGAAGAUGAAGACAGUGAGAGCGAUAGCGAUGAUGACGAUGAUGAUGUCCGCGUCACCAUUGGAGAUAUCAAAACAGGAGCACCACAGUACACGGCAUAUGGGGGAACUCCAGUGAAUCUGAACAUAAAGUCAGCUGGCAGCAGAGCAUAUGGAGCAGGUAGCAAAGUGAAAGGCAUAGACCUCGAAGCUCCAGGCAGCAUCAAUGGAGUUCCAGUCUUGGAAGUGGACAUGGAGUCCUUUGAGGAGAAACCAUGGAGGAAGCCAGGUGCGGACUUGUCUGACUAUUUUAACUAUGGUUUUAAUGAGGACACGUGGAAAGCAUACUGUGAAAAGCAGAAGAGGUUACGCAUGGGCCUCGACAUUCACAACAUUGGAUCCACCACCAGCAAGAUCUCAGUAAGCAUAAUCAGCUGUUACUUAAUUUCUUUCUUAUCUUUAAUUUUUUUAACAGGGAUUCCCAUCACUGUUCCUCCACCCAAUUUCCCCCCUCCCACUGGAGGACCUCCUCCUUCACUUAUUAAUAUAGACAACAGUGGGCACCCGGGAGGAUAUGAUGGACGUCCUGUUGCUCCAUACCCUUUUCCUACAGGUGGGUUUCCGCCACCCAUGCAAGGAGCUGUUAACCCCUGGCCUGGUUUGAUGGACAACCCGAAGCAGUGGGACUACUACGCUCGGCGAGACAAAGAGAGGGAAAAAGAGCGAGAGAGGGACAGGCCGAGGGAACGUGGCCAUGAGAGAGACCAUAGUCCCUCCUCUGUGGUUUUUAACAGUGAUGAAGAACGGUAUCGUUCUUACCGUGACUACGGAGACAGAGGGUAUGAGAGGCAUCGGGAGCGAUCGAGCCGUGAGAAGGAGGAGCGUCAUAGGGAAAGGAGGCACAGAGAGAAAGAGGAAGGGAGGCACAAGUCAUCACGGAGCAGUAGCAGACGGAGACAUGACAGCGAGGAGGGUGACAGUCACCGGCGCCAUAAGCACAAGAAGUCCAAGAGGAGCAAAGAGGGCAAGGAGCCCAGCGAGGAGCGUUCUGCUGACCAGGAGAACCAGGAGGCCAUGGAGUAACUCCUGUCUCUCUUCUCUGCUCUCCUUCCUUCUUGUCAUCAGAGAGCUGGUUGUCAACCAAAUCAUGCUAAAUGAAACUAUAAUCCAGUUUACCUUCCUUUUGUUUUCAUGUUUCCCUUUUUUUGUUUUGUUGUUUAUUCCAGUGCAGUUGUACCAUGUAGAUGUUGAUUUGUUGGAUUAAAAAAAGAGCAUUUGGUAA